AUGUUGAAGGAUUGCAUUGGCUGCCAACAAAGACGAUUAGAAGAUGAGCCGGUUGAAGAUAGAAUUCGAAUCCUAUGUCCAGCUUGUCGUAUUACAAGAUAUUGGAAUCUUUAUAAACAUAAAGGUCUUAAACAAACUAGAAUGUUAUCCAAGAAAUUCAAUAUAAUCACUAAACUUUAUUGUUUAAAACAAGUUGAUUCCUCACAUACUGAUUUCAAAUUUAUUAAAAGUAUAUUAUUAGAAGAUAAACAAUUAUCACGAUUUGGUGGACAAUUAUCCCUGGCAAAUUAUCUUGGAGAAAUAGAUAGAAUCACUAAAGAUCCUCCUACAGAGGUUUUAUCAUUUAAUGAAACAGUACGGGAAAAUAAAAUGCUGACGACUACUACUACUACUACUACCACUCAUAAUAAUAAUAAUAAUAAUUACAAAGCCCCAAAGAAAAAAUCUUCCAAUCAAAAUAAAGUACAUAAAACUUCAAAUCAAUGCAGUUAUUGCAAACGAUAUAGACUACUGGAUGAACCUGUUGAAUGUUUACAAUAUAGACAAUGUCCUCGUUGUAUAAUGAAACGACGAAUACGAACAAACGUAUCGGUACCACUUGCCGAACCAGUUAAAUUAUAUGCAUUGAAACAAUUUAAAGAAUUACUUCCACAAGAUGAAGAUAUUAUUCAAAGAGUAUAUCAACAAGAUUCAUUUUUAAGACAAUUUAAAAAUAAGAAAUUUAAUUUUGAUUCAGAAAUUGCAAAAUAUAGAAAUGGACUACGACUGAAUGUACUGGAUAAUGAAGAAGAUGAGCAUGAAAAUAUAUCACAAUUUGGACAAAGAAAAAUUACUACAGAAGACCUUAAUUUCAACCAUAGUCCACAGUUUAGAGUUCAUAUAUCAGAUAUAGUAUUGGUUACUCCAGAUGAAUGUGAUGAUAGACCAGAAUCCACACCAAGGGUUGAUAACACCACCAGCACAACGAAAUGCGUUCAUACUCCACUCAAGAUUGAACCUACUUAUGAGACAACUAAUAAUAAAAUUGAAAAAGAAUGCUCUCGAUGUCAUGGUAUAAUUCGAGACGAACCGGAAAUCUUGAAAGGUUAUAAACGAUGUGCAAAAUGUACAUUUAAUGCACGGCUCAAAGUUGGCACAGGAAGAGAUGUAUCUAAAGUCAUUAAAAUAUGUGCAUUAAAACAAGUUCUUGAAGCUAAACAUUAUCAUACUCAAUCACUUAAACUGAAAUUUUUGAACGACCCUUUUUUGUCACAAUUUAAAAAAAGAACAUUUAAUUACAAGAAAGAAUUGGCAAAAGUCACUGGUAAAUAA